AUGCUUACAAAGCAACUUUCUCAGGUUGCUAUGUCGCUAGGGGAACUGAGAGUAAAUGAAGGAAAGAUCCCUGCUACGGUGCAGCCUAUUGGGCGAGAGAACAUCAGCGAGGUCACCCUGAGGUCAGGGAAGGUAUAUCAAAGACCCCCUCCACCUGCAAGUUCCACAGUGUCUACAUCUGGACAGAUCCGCGAAGAAGGAGCAGAGUCCAGUUCCCUUGAUCGAGCCGCCGGAGGAAAAGAUAAGGGAAAGGCGAAAGUAUGUGGGGAGACCUCAGGAGAAGGUCAAGGCGAUGGAACUGAGAAGACCAAGCCCUACCCCUACCGCGACAUGAUUACAAGGAAGAGAGAUGCCAUGAUUGAUGUGGCCAGUUUAUUCAAAGACGUGGAAGUCAAGGUGCCACUCCUGACGGCGUUGAAUAUGCCCCCUAUCAGUAAAUUUGUCAAAGACUACCUGGCAGGAAGGGUCACUGAAGAAGGAAUGAUGGUUACAGAGGAGAAUGUCUCUGCAGUGAUCCAGCGGAGUGACCUCCCAUCAAAGAAGACCGACCCAGGGAUGUUCACACUCCCAAUCUCAAUUGGAGACAUUCAAGUAGAGCUAGCCGACAGGUCUUGCAUUCACCCCGAGGGAAUUCUUGAAGAUGUGAUAGUGAAGGUGAACAACUUCCUGUACCCAGCCGACUUCUUCAUCAUCAAAAUGACAGAGCCAGCAGCGAAGGAGUCUGGUGGAGUCUUGUUGGGGAGGUCGUUCCUGUCUACAUCCAGCACAAUAAUCGACGUCCGCAAAGGGACGAUCAGUCUGGACUUUAAUGAACAACAAUUCACGUUCAACAUCGAUGAAGCGAUGAAGAUGCUGAGGGACAGUGAGAACGUGCACUCAAUAGACACAGUCGAGCCUCUGGUACAAGAGUAUCUAGAAGAGGAGUUCCUACAGAGACAAUUCACAGACUCUGCAACAGACGAAGAAAUUGAGAAAGAAGUCGCUAACUAG